CUUGUAGAAUUUUAACGGAUUUUCUACGCUCGACAAACUGAGGAACCCGUUUAGUGUUCUAGAUUUUUUAUUUUUUUUUUAAAAAAGUGAACAAUGUGUAUUAAGAGGAAAAGCUGUAACUUCUUUCUUUAUACUUUAUUUUUGUUACUUGCCUCCCUUCCUCCUUUCCUUCCUCCCGUCCUCAUGUUCUCUCUUUGUUUUACACAAUAUAGGUUUGAUAUAAAUUAGGUCAAACGUGAAGCAUCCAGAAUGCCCAGGGAAACAUAGAAGCUUUUAAGGGAAAUAUAGAAGCUUUUUUUUUUUUUUUUUUUUUUUUUAGGGAAAUAUAGAAUAUAUUUAAGGGUAAAGGCAAAGCUUUUAAGGGAAAAAUAGAAGCUUGCAAGAAGUCAAACAAAUAAUAAAUUUUAAAAGAAGCUAUAUGUUAAACUAAUAGCGAGUUUCAUAAGCACAACUAAUUAGGUAAAAUUCUAGCUAGUUACAAGAUAAUAUAAUGAUAAUAUAAGUUAUCUGCUUAAUAGGAAUUUAGCUACUGCAGCAAAAAUAUCUGAAAUUUAUAUUAAAAUAUAUACAAAAUAAUUCAGUACUUAUAUACAGUAGUUUACAGCUUUUUGGAGGAGGGAAUGCAGCACAGAAUGUAAAAAACAAAACAAAAACAAAACAAAAAAAACAAAGAAGAAGAAGAAAUGGAAAAAUAAGAAAAGGAAACAAAAACAUUGUGUGAAAUCUAAAAAAGAAAAGUAAAAUGAAGACAGAAACUAUAUAUGCAUAGAGAAAUGUAUUUAUAUCAUAUAGACACAUGUAAUUACACACAUAGACGUGUACAUACACACAUUUAAAAAAGAUGCAGUUGUAAUACAGUAAACGGUGUGAUGUGUAUAAUGGCUCCCCCUCUGGGGGUUUAUGGAACUACAACCCUUCUGUAUUUACGUCUUCAUGGCAACCAGCGGCGCCUUAGUACCUGGUUUGAGAGUAAACAGUCCGCAGCGCAGGCGCAGGAUUAUAUAUGAUAUAUAUAUUUUAUAGCUGAGUUUUCUAAUCUACAGCAUGUCUCGAGCGCAGGCUGAAAGCGUUAUUAAAAAUAUAAUCCGUGAAAUAGCACAGCAAUGCUGCAGGCAGGGCCAGGCUGUGUCUGAAACCCUCACUGCCUUCAUGGUUAAAGCUGUCGUUUUAGACCCGAGGAACCUCUUUAACGUUGACCGGACACUGACCAAGCAGGAUGUGGAGAAACUGAUCGAGCUGUGCGUAAACAGAUUGUUGGAUCAGAAGAGUCCCGCUUUGGACACCAUUAAAAUGCAGGUUCACUUUGAUAUGAACUAUACGUCUCGACGUGAGUUUGUGGAGGAGCAUCGGAAGGUGGUGCAGAUGCGUCUCAUGCCCGUGUGCCGGGAAAUCACGGACAGCAGAGCCAAGAACCGAGACGAGCUGGACGCUCUUUACUGCAGGAUGGUCUCCUACCUGGUUUUACGCUCCGGCCUCGGCUCGGCCUCCGACGUCAACAACAUGCAAGAAGCCACAGCCGCCCUGCAGAGUGUUUUCCCCCCGUCGGAGCUGUCCGCCUUCAUGUCUCUGCUCAGACGUGAUAAAGAACAGCAGCUGAACGAGCUCACCGCGAUCGUCACCGGGAUUCGCCUCUUCAACAAGGACAGCGGGAACGGAGGAGAGAGCGUUGAGGACCUGCCGUCCAUCCUGAACCAGGCUCUACCAGCUGCCAGCGCAGAUAUAGAGCGUGAACUGGAAGAGACGCGGCGAUUCGCCUGGCGCUACACCGCUCUGCUGGAGAACCCGAGCUACGCCGAUGCCGAGCGAAACACGGAGCUGCUCACGCAGGCUCUGUACAACGUACGCCAACACGAAGCCUUCCUCAAAAUCAUACUGGCGGAUGUGAUCACAUGCGCAAAGCAAGUGGAGUCUCUUCAGACUGACCUCAUAUCGAGGAUGAAGGUGCUGAAGGCAACAGUUCACGCCAAAACUGCCGUACCGACCUCCCAAGUGUUCCCUCAUUUCACGGUGUUGGCCAGGCUGUGGGAGGGGCUUCAGGAUGAGAUGCUCCUGUUGAACACGUUCAGGAACGUGAUGUUGAGCCUGAGGCCGUUCCUGUCAGCUCAGUCCCAGCUGCUGGAGAACUUCCAGCUGGAUCAGAUGCUCCAGGAUGAGACGGUCAUAUCUGACGCAGAGAGAGCCGCUGAGAGCUCAGAGGAGCGGGUCGAUCCAGCGGAGAUGAAGUCGUACGAGUGGAUUCUGCCCGAGACCACGGCUAACUUUGAGCAGCUCCCCCUGCAGUACAGGGGUGUGUGUGGAUGCACUCUUGUUGAGAAGAAUGGCCUCCUGCUGCCAGGCAAUCCGAACAUCGGCGUCCUGAAGCACAGGGAGAAAUACUACAGCUUCAGCUCCAAGCAGGCCGCGUAUCGGUUUGCCGAGAAGGCAGACGAGUAUAUCGAGCUGAUAGCGGAAAGAGCGAAGAGAUCUCCGGAGCUGAUCCAGCUGCUCGAGCUUCAUCAGCAGUUUUCCAGUGUCACUCCGUACUCCCAGAUGCAGUCAGGUGAGACACUGUUGGUGAAACCCAUCAGCAAGAGUGAGAGCAGCACACAGACGGACACACACCUGCUAGAGAGCAACAUCGUAAAAUCUUACGAGUGGAACGAGUGGGAGCUGAGACGAAAAGCCAUCAAACUGGCAAACCUGCGCAGUAAAGCAACCCGCUCGAUGCAGACCGACCUGAGCCACAUGAGGAGACAUAACAACACCCAGACGUUCCCACCAAGAAAUGCUGCCUGUCAGACAAAGAGAGACGGCCAGAGUAACGUCCCGAAACCUCAAGUCUACCUGGCUGGGCUGAGAGGAAGAGCAAGUCCAACCACUCACAUGACCAAAAUCGAUUUAACUCCAGACGCGCAUGAAUAGUCUGCGCCUUACUUACUUGUGCCUUACAGUUAAACCUAGUGACGUAUGUAUGUAUUGUAUGUUGAAAUCUGAAUUCUGAUUGGUCAGAGAGUGUUGAAUCAUUUUCUAUAACAGCAUCUCUGACAGCAGCGCAGGUUUAUAUGAAUGCGCUCGUUCGGAUAUGUUUCUAUAGCAACAGCUCGUUCACAGGGUCUCGUACGAUGGACUUUAAGAGGGGGAACAAAGGAGCUUGGUGAAGGAACGACUGUUAAUGUAUCUAAAUGUAACUAUAAACGGAUAAAAAGUAUGAUAUGUUGUCCAUAAAUAAACUGAAAAUAAGAGGAAUAAAACACUUGCGGGAGAUUGUGGUACUUUGA